AUGGUUGUCACCCCUCCUGAAGAAGAGGCUGUGGCCGCCGAGACUCGCCAUCCUUAUUUGUCUGGCAACUUCGCGCCAAUCAAGUCGUGUCUACCCUUGACGCCAUGCUCAUACGAGGGCACGAUACCCCCCGAUCUCGCCGGAGGACAGUACGUCCGCAACGGCGGCAAUCCCGUGACGAACGACGACCAGAGUCGAGCGGCACAUUGGUUCGACGGCGAUGGCAUGCUGAGCGGUGUUUUGUUCCGCUGCGUGGGCGAGAAGAAGACCGAUAUCCAGCCAGAAUUCGUGAAUCAGUACCUUCUGACCGACGUCUACUGCCAUGCGAAAAGUAACAAGUACCUGCGCCGACCUGUGGUGCCAAGCAUCGCGACGCUCGUAAACCCCGCCGUCAGUAUGAUUCGCAUCAUGUUCGAGGUCUUUCGCACUGUUCUUCUGGUCAUGAUCUCCCGCCUCCCAGGGUUUGGUCGUCCGAUCAAGAAGAUCAGCGUCGCAAACACUAGCGUUCUGUUCCACAACGGACGCGCGCUCGCGACAUGCGAAAGCGGCCCGCCAUUGAGAUUCGUACUGCCGAGCUUGGAGACCAUCGGCUGGUUCAACGGGAGAACGGCUGAGAACGAGCCGGUACAGAGCGACGAGAGUGGCUUUGGUGGCACAGGCGUCAAGUCCUUCAUGAGGGAGUGGACUACCGCCCACCCCAGAGUCGACCCGGUGACGAAGGAGCUUAUCACAUUCCACGCAACCUUUGUCAAGCCUUUCGUUCGCUGCUCCGUGGUGCCGCCGACAUCAAAGUCGACAAUCGGUCGCCAGCCCCUCUUCGAUGCCCCUGUUCCGGGAGUCGAAUCGCCGAAGAUGAUGCAUGAUUUUGGGGUGUCGAGGCACCACACCGUCAUCAUGGACCUGCCGCUCUCCCUGGAUACGAUGAACCUGCUCCGCGGGGUUCCCAGUUUAUCGUACAACUCGGCCGGCAAGUCGCGCUUCGGAGUUUUCCCACGUUACAAACCGCAAGCCGUUCAAUGGUUCGAGACAAACCCGUGCACCAUCUUCCACACAGCCAACUGUUGGGACACACCGAAUCCACACGCCGAAACCAACGGCACUCGUGUCUCAGUGAACCUCGUUGCGUGUCGCCUAACAUCGGCAGCCAUGGUGUUCAGCGCCGGCAACCUACCGACGCCUGAGGUGAAGCCUGUACCUCCCGAAUACGCCGAAGAGGAGCAAUGUCGACUGUACUAUUACAACUUUCCACUGUCGGACAUUCCCGGUGUUCAAUAUAACAUCAGACACCAGUGGGCUCUGUCGGCGAUUUCACUCGAGUUCCCAUCCGUUGCGCCGGCAUACUCGAUGCAGGAAGCGCGGUACGUCUACGGAUGUUCGACAGGCGAGGCGUCUUACACUGUUGCCCUUGGGAAAGCGGCAAAGAUUGAUCACCUGGCCAAGUUCGACAUCCGAACGCUUGUCGCACGAGGCUUGGCCAACCCCCCGCAACCCGUCAAAGGAUGUGUCGACACGCGGAGUAUUGCCCAGGUUCGGGACAGCAAAGACCCGGAAGACCCAAUCAAGCUCUUCCGAAUGCCCGAUGGAUGGUAUGCCCAAGAGCCACGUUUCGUACCUCGCGCAGAGCAUCGGUCUGAGGACGAUGGGUGGUUGUUGACGUAUGCGUUCAAUGAGGCCCAGCUUGACGAGAGAGGCGAAUGCCCCCGAGAUGCCGCGAGUGAGCUGUGGAUAAUCGAUGCAACGAAUAUGAAGGAAAUCGUCGCACGGGUGAAACUGCCCCAGAGGGUACCAUACGGUCUGCACGGCACCUGGUUCGGCGAAAAUGAGAUUCGGGAACAAAAGCCAUUCGAAAGGGUGAGAAGCAUGCAGCGGUAA